UCUAUGUCGGGCGGGAUAUAUGAGUUUAAUUCCGCUUUUCUUUCUAAACCAUUUAAUUUAAUUCCUCCCUAUAUUUCUUCUCAUCACGUCUCUGUAUAUAUACUUCCAAUCCAAAAAUUGCAUACUCACAUCUUGUCAAGUUUGUUAAUUUAUCUCAUUCUUUCUUAGCUUCUUACUUUCACAGUUCAACUCUCUGUAUUUCAACCCCAAGAUUUGGAGUGUGAAUAAUGAAGAAAGCUAAGAGUUGGCUGAAAAGCUUGUUGGGGAUGAAGAAGGACAGUGAAUACUCUGAUGACAUGAAGAUGAAGAGACGCUGGAGUUUUGGCCGGCGACGGCUGACCAAGGAGGAGGAUUCAGCAAUUGCGGUGGACAAUGAGUUUCCGGUGGUGGUGGUUGACUCGCCGUGGCUGGUGAGAUCUUACUAUGUUCCUGCCGAUUCAGAGAAGCAGAACAAGCAUGCUGUUGCGCUGGCUGCCGCGCGGGCUUCUGCAGCGGUGGCGGAACUCACCGGCGGCCAAGGAAAGGGCGAUGGGAUGAAGCGGGAGAUGCGGGCUGCUAUCAAAGUUCAAACAUUCUUCAGGGGAUUUCUGGCUAGGAAAGCUCUGAGAGCACUAAAAGGAAUAGUGAAAUUACAAGCAUUGGUUAGAGGUUAUCUGGUUCGGAAAAGAGCAGCCGCCACUCUUUACUGUAUGGAAGCUCUCAUCCGAGCUCAGGCGGCUGCUCGAUCGGAAAGAGCUCGCCGUCGUCUUUCAUCAAUCUCCACUAACAGUGACUCCAGAACAUACAAGAAAUCAUCAAGAACCUGCUGGAGGAGCAGCACAGACAUAUCUGAUUCGGGCGAUGAUCAUUACCUCCCGCCGUGUCUGGCUCCGGGCCGGUUAUCCAUCCCCGACGACCAUCGCCGCCGAUUAUGCGAUUCCGAGUGGCGCUUUCUCGGCGGCAAGGAGUGCAACUUCCCGGCGUCCCACAUCACGCCGCGGCGAACUAGGCCGUCUGGGCGGAGAAGUCCGCCACCAACACUAGCGCCUGCAAAGGUCGCCGUCGGGGAUUGCCCGUUCCGGCCGUAUCCCGGUUCCCCGAGUUACAUGGCAAACACAGAGUCCUUUAACGCGAAGCGAAGGUCUCAGAGCGCGCCCAAGCCGAGGCCGGAGCCGGUCAGGCUGAAAAAGAGGUUUUCUUUGAGUGAAAUGAUGACGGCAAAGAGCAGCUUCAUUCGCGGCGGCGGCGGUGGUGUUAGAAUGCCGCCCAAGUCUCCUUGUUAUUUUGUUCAAGAAGAGUAUUGCUAUUUGGGGUUUUGAAGGCUCUUUUGUGAAUCCAUUAUAAUUCCCUCUGCCUUUUGGCCUAGAAUGAAUGGUACUACGUAUUUUAAUUUGUCUUAGCCUGUACAAGAAAGUUAAUGGAUGAGCUCUCUUACAUACUCCAAAAAAAAGAAGAAAGAAGGGUUAAAAG